AUGGCCUCCAACAAGGAUGCACCAGCUGCGAUCCCACGCAAUGACCUCUACGAGGCCCUGAGGCUCUCGCGACUCCCAGAUGCCCAGAACGGCUCACAGGAUCCCGUCAAGAGAUUCAUCAGCCGUACACCAGCCUGGAGGCCCGGGAAUGAGCUGCCAUGGGGAUCAAUCGACCAUGAAGGGUAUAAAAAGGGCAACACAGUCGACUUCAACCCAGCUGCGUUUGGAGGCCACGUCUUCGCCCAGGCACCCUUGGCGGCUGCGAGAGCGGUGGAAGAAGAAGAAGAGAAUGGCCAUGGCAAUGGCAGUGACAAACUGGGCAUUCAUUCCAUCCAAGGCGUCUUUACAAAAGCUGGCGCGAUUGAUCGGCCAUUCGUCUAUGAUGUGACGAAUGUCCACUCAAGCCGUUCAUUCACCACCAAGCUGGUCCAGGCACGGCAGCCCACAGAGGCUUCAGAUGCUCCUAACGGCCCCUUUCCCGAGUCCGAUGCGAAUCGGCCGCUGGGCGCCGUCAACUUCACCUGUCUCGCAACGUUCAAGCGUCCCAUGCCGUCGCCUACAGAGCGGCAGAUCAAAGGAUCGGCACAGGAACGCUAUGCAGACAUCCUUUCGCAACGAGCGCCGGACCAGUGGGAGGCCAGUCCUCAGGUGGAUGUCGAUGCUGUUACGAGAAUCUUCCCCAACGCUGGCCACGGAGGCUUCCCUAUGCUGGACAUGUACAAGGUUGACAUGAAGGCGUACAAUGCUGAUAAAGAAGUGCCUGAACGGCGCGAGCUUAUUCUCUACCGACCGUAUAAGCCGAUUUCCGAGAACGAUCCCAAUGCGCAUAUUGUUGCACACGCGUACGAGGCUGACCGCAACGGGCUCAUUAUGCUCACCAAUCAUCUUGGCUGGGGCUUCAACCUCGGCUCUGCGGCUAGCUUGUCGUAUUCCUUCUAUGUGCACGUCAAUGCUGACGAGGCGGUCAUGAAGGGAGAUGGGUGGUGGAUUCAAGAGGUUUGGUGGCCGAGAGUGAGUGCAGGGAGAGCAAUGAUGGAGGUUAGGAUAUGGAGUCCGGAGGGGAAGCACGUGGCGAGCGGUUAUCAGGACGGAGUAGCCGUGCCGUCGAGCGAUUUGACCAAGAAGAAGAAGAAGAUGGGAGAGAAGCUGUGA